AUGCCUCGCGCAGAAGCCGGUUCCACCAAAGCAAUCAGCAACAAGCUCAAGUCCCGCGGACUUACACGCUUACGCUGGUACUGCCAGCCCUGCGAAAAGGCCUGCCGCGACGAAAACGGCUUCAAAUGCCACGUCCAAUCCGAAUCGCACGUGCGGCAAAUGCUGCUCAUCGGCGAGAACUCCAAAGGCACUAUUGACAAAUACUCAUCCGAAUUCCAGCGCGAGUUCGUUGAGCUGCUACGCACCACCCACGGAGAAAAGAAAGUGCAUGUGAACCAUUUUUAUCAGCAGGUUAUUAGUAAUAAGUCUCAUGUGCAUAUGAAUGCGACGAAAUGGACCAGUUUGACGCAGUUUGCGGCGCAUCUAGGGAGGGAGGGGAUUGUGAGGUGCGAGGAGACGGAAAAGGGGUUGUUUAUUUCGUGGGUUGAUAAUAGGCCGGAAACGCUGAAGAAGAGGGAGGCGGUUAUGAAGAAGGAGAGGCAGGAUAAGGGGGAUGAGGAGAGGGAGCAGAGGUUGAUUCAGCAGCAGAUUGAGAGGGCACGGAAAGCGGAAAUGGCCAAGGCUGCUGCUGCUGUUGAUAAGGCUGAAGGCGGUAGUGGGGAGGAGUCGGAGGAGAAGGGGAUAUUGGAGAGGAAGGAGGGUGAAAAGGUUAAACUCAGUUUUGGCGCGAAGUCUGCAUCUCAAUCACCGCCAGUUGAUGAUGAAAAGCCUGAAGAAAAGCCUGAAGCAGCAGCAGCAAAAACAUCAAUCUCAUUCUCAUCGUCUACAACCAAGCCGAAGAAUAUAUUCGCCACCAAACCAAGCGCCGUCAAACCGUCAAAUGCAUUCGCAUCCGUCAAGAAAUCUGCCUUUGUCCCGCAGCAACAAAAAGUCUCGCAGCAGGAAAUGAUUAUGAGAAGGGAAAUGGAGGCGAUGGAGGCGAAGAAGCGCAAAUUUGCAGGAAAUGUUGUUGCAGGAGGGAAUGUGUUUGAUGCGGGGAAGAAGCAGAGGGUUUCUUGA